GUCAAACACAGUCUUCUCUGUGAAGAGUGGAGAACGUACUGAGAUUCAGUCCAUUCAACACAGCGUCUGAAGCACGAUGACACCUCCAAACUUUGCUUUGUAUUUCACAUGCCUGUUGGUGGUGAACAUAGCUCAUUUGACAGCUUUGCAACAAUCAUCAUUACGUUUUGAAUCAGCUAAUGUUGGUGAAAAUGUGACUUUGCCGUGCCUGUGUCAAGAUAACACAGUAGGGAUAUUUUACUGGUUAAAGCAAAAGCUGGGACAGAAGCCAAAGCUGAUUUUGACAUUCUAUAUGCACAGUGAUAAAAUCACAUUUGAAGAUGAAUUUCACAAUUCACGUUUCUCCCUGGGAACUGGAAACAGUGGAAAUGUUUUGAACAUUUCACAUUUGCAAAUUUCAGACUCAGCCACUUACUACUGUGCAAGUAGCAAUUUAGAGGACUAUGAUUUUUGUCAGGGCACGGCAGUCAGUGUAAAAGGUUCAGGUUUGAACAUCCAGGCUUUAGUUCAUCAGUCACCAUCUGAGACCGUCCAGCCAGGAGGCUCUGUGACUCUCAGCUGUACAGUCCACACUGGGACCUGUGAUGGAGAACACAGUGUUUACUGGUUCAGAAACUCUGAAGAAUCUCAGCCAGGACUCAUUUACACCCAUGGAGACAGGAAUGAUCAGUGUGAGAGGAAACCUGACACACAAACACACACAUGUUUCUACAACUUGCCAAUGGAGAACCACAGCCUUUCACAUGCUGGGACCUACGACUGUGCUGUCGCCUCAUGUGGACACAUACUGUUUGGAAACAGGACCAAGCAGGACUCUAAGGAUGAUGUGACCUCUCUUGUCUUGGUGUGUUUCUUGAGUGGAGCCUUGGCAUUCACCACCAUCCUGUUAAUUUUACUGGCUGUCUCAGUGUACAAGAUGUACAAAAGAAACUGUGCAGACUCCAACGUAAAAACUCCAGCACCUUCUACUCCAAAUACAGAGUUAGGCCAGGAUUCAGACGACCUUCAUUAUGCUGCUUUAAGGAACCACAAGGUCAACCGAUCCACAAGACAGAGGGACAACACCUUCGGCGAAUGUGUGUACUCCAGUGUGAGGCAGUAGAUCUGGACAUGUUUCAUCUGUGCUACACCAGCAUGAUUUCACUUAAAUUUAAUGAAUAUAAAUGCUUGUCUUGAAAUAAAAUAAAAACAAUAAAGAAAAAUCCAAUGUCCUGCAUUAGAGGGUUUCACUGAAGUGACGUCAGAACUAUGCUCACACCUCUGUGGUGCAGGCGGGGUUAGCCACACUGAAAGUUUCCACAGUUCUACACUGACACUCCCCAACAUCACAUCUACAAUAU